AUGAGGCUGCCGAGUUACACCACUCAAGACCAGAAGGAGAUGAUCAGGACCCUGGCAGCACCUCAUGUGGCAGAAGGCGAAAUUGUGAUGGAUGCAGAAGAGUACCUUCAGCCCAGAGAGGCCACUACUACAGGAAAGAUGUUCCCGAGUUACGCAUCAGCCCUGACCUUGGCGUCGAGACAUUCAGCACUAGCAGCCUCGUCAACGUCCACAGCCACCACUGGGGUGGACUACAGGGGCCUGGUUGGCACCUCGCGACGGAUGCUGCACAACAGUGGUGCCAUGGGUGACGUGGGAGGCCCGUCAUCACCUGCUAGUCAUUUCGGGUCCAUGGUCGGCAUUCCGGUGCACGAUGGGCCUGGUGUCAAUUUUCUCUCCAUGCCGAGACAAGGGCUGAUUCACGGAAGCAGCAGGACUGUGACACCGAAUCCCGUGUUCUCCGACCGGAGUGUCGGUGUGCCAAGAUAUGAGGCUACAGGUCCGUCAUCUUUGACGUACGGAUUGCCGCAGAGAGUCAAAGAGCCCCUGCAAUCUUUACCCCAUGAAGUGGAGCUGCAUGGAACCACAGGAGGACCAGGAUUAGUGGGGCAACCCGGUGAAACCCACAUUUACCAGCGACGGCGAGCCAAUGUGGGCGACCUGAAGCUGUCCCUACCACCAGAAGUGGAGGACUACUUGGUACCAUCUCCAAUGGGCGCAGGUGGUACCAGGAGCGGCGGUGGCGGUGGUGGGAGCAGCAGUGGUGGCCCUCCAUCAGCACCCCCUUCCGCAGGCUACUCUCCUCAACACCAGUACCACAACCAACUCCUCCAUCACCACAAUAGCAUGCAGACACAUCCUGGGUUCCAUCGCGGUGGGGCCAACGGACCUGUCGGUGGUUGUGGUGGUGGUGGUGGUGCCACACUGAUAGACAACCCAGAGUACCACGUGGUCUCUACGACCAGUUCAUCUUGUUCCACUGCGUCGUUCCCGAUUGCCCCGAGGCGGAGUUCUGGUGGUGAAGAGUCUGAUGAUCACGAAUAUUACAAUGAGGUGGAUCGGUUGAAGGGGGAAUUGCGACCUUUGCAUCCCAGUGGUUUGCAGGCGGUGUCACCUGGCGGUCGUGGCAGGAAUGAGACCACUGUCUGA